UGUAAAUUUCCCACUCAUCUGUGAAAUCCCGCCAGUCGCUUUGCCUUAUGGGAAUGGUUUUCCCUGGGAACACAGCAAUAUAAACACAACAGCGUUUCAGAGUCCUCUCAGAGUUCGAUAUGCAGUGGACAGUACAAGUGGAAGACGGGCCUCGUCGAGUGAAUCAUGCAGCUGUUUCCGUUCAAGAUCGUUAUGUCUUUAGUUUUGGUGGAUUUUUUUCUGGCGACGAGUACUUACACAUGGAAAAAAUCGACGUUCAUAUCUUUGAUCUGAGUAUGACUUUAUCAAUUAUUAUUGAAUUGCUUGAUACACAGCAUAAAUAUUUGGCCAAAGGCUGAGAUUCCCGAUCACAAUUUGUAAUGUUUGUAUUACCACUACUGUUAUUUGUUAACGUUAUGACACAAAGCUUGUAAAAUUUUUGAAAAAAUUUCCAAAAAUCCACUUAUAUUAAUUUGUAACAUUGCUAUAAAUUUGCUACAUAUACGAGAUUCAGAGAUUGUAAUUAUUUUGGGUCAUACGUGACUCAUGCCAAAUAAAUAAAUCCUAAAUGCAUGUGGCAGUUUCCUUAUCUAAAUGCAUGUGGCAGUUCCUCGUAUUCUACUUUUCUGCUUUGCUCGGGGGACAACCUUAAUUGAAAUAGCUGUAUGUAUAAUUGGGGCAAUGCAGAAAACAUCGAUCCAUACCUCCCCCGGCGGAAAUUGGAAGUUUACCCCCCUACCCCCUUCAGAUGUGCUAAUAUACUUAUUUUUAUCAGAAACAAAUUUUUCUCCCCUUCUUCUCCGGACAGCAGAAAUUUCCUCGGGCAUUAAGGUGGAUCAUUUCUGGAACAACCCAGUACUAAUCUGUACUAAAACCAGUAAUUCUGUUUUGUGAUUGGCGUGGCUUAAUCAAAGAAUCGCCCCGUUGAACCAGAGCCUUCGCAACAUUUCAAUUUAUUAUUUACUGUCGAAGGCUCUGGAAUCCAGGGUAGACAACGUACAGCACUCAUUUCAAAUUCCAUAUACUUUAUAGGAAUUGUGGCAUGUGAUUUUCAUAUGCUAGAAUGAUAAUCGUAUACUGCAAUUUUCAGUUGACCUUGGAAUGUUUAAACAAAAUGUUUUAUCGUCAUGUGAUGUAUGUUAAAGUGAUAGCACUAUGUUGUCAAGGCCAUUUUUGAAUGUUGUCAUUGGCCCUAUUCACAUUAGAGACGGACAAGUCGUCUGGACGAACAAAUCGUCUCUCAAAAAUCGUCUCUCAAAAAUCGUCUUCACAGACGGACAAGUAGUCGAACAAAUUCAGACGACUUGUUCGUCUAAAAUUUUGUACGACACGUUUUCACAUCUGAUGAUUUGUCCGACUAAAAGAGGAUUUUGAGACGAUUUGUUCGUCUAGACGGGAAACGACAAAAUGCGGACCCCAGGUCCAUGGACUCCCUUCGUGGACCUGGUCCAUGGACUACACUCGUGGACCACGGACCACUCCCGUGGACCACUCUCGUGGACCACUUGCAAAAUUUCGCCUACCGAACAAUAGACCAAACACUAUUAUUCCGAGUUUAGUGAGCCGAGAUUGGCGGGAACUAUUUCAUUAUUCAUUUCCAUUAUUUAUUUCACAAUCAAUUCAGUUUUUGUUGAUGAACAGUGAAUACUAAGUCUGUAAAAAUGCUGAAAAAAUGUAGUCAGGGUUCUAUUAAAAAAUAUAGGAAUACUGUGGAGAAUCUGGAGGGGAGGGGAGGAGGGGUCAAAGGAUUUUACUGAAUUAUUCGAAUUUUACUGUUAAAAAAUCACUUGAACUGUAGAAGUCGUAAGUUGCAAUGACCUUUCAAUGCCUGAAGGUCCUCUCCCAAAAAUAUUAAUUUUUGAAGCUCGAUUACUGCUUUUUAAGGGCAUAUAUUCGGAAACUUUGCAUUAAAGUCGUAAUUGUACACUUAUAUUUUAGAACGGUCAUAUAGUGAAUGGAUUUAGAACUUCACAUUUUGUGUAAAGUUUCCACAAUGAUAAUAAUGACUGAACUCGACUCGAGCACAUUUUUGCAUGCACAGUCAAGAAUUCAAACCCCAAAAAUCUGGUGUCUCGCAAGUGGUCCAUGAGAGUGGUCCACGAGAGUGGUCCACGAAGGUAGUCCACGGACCAGGUCCACGAAGGUAGUCCACGGACCUGGGGUCCGCGUUUUGUCGUUUCCCCGUCUAGACGACUUGUCCGUCUUCUAAUGUAAAAACGGCUAUUAACAUUAAACAAUGGAGUAUGUUAUAAUUGUAGUUUGCACGAAAAGUAAACAAAGUUCAAUUAAUAAGUGAAUGUAUUACUACAUUUGAAAGUGCUCUUGUGCUCUUUCAAAUUAUCAUACAUUGCGUGCAUGGCGAUAUAACUUUCGUUUAAACGUUCAAACAUUUGGACAAUUAACAACAUAGGCGUUUCAAGGUUGAGUGAAAAUCGCAGUACAACUAUAACUGCAUGUAUUGUGUAGAUAGGCCUUUAUGUGAUUUUAGUAUUUUUCAACAAGUGAACAUAACAAAUCUUACAAGUUGAUUGGUCAAAUUUGACGUAUUAAGCUGUUUAUAUAUUCACCUACAGGUGAAUAUAACAGAACCGAAAUUUCCAAAAUGACGGCUAGCAGUUUUGUGGAAGUUACUGAUAAAGAAAUAAGCGAAAUUAAAAUAAAUUCAGUCCAGAAAAACACAAAAGACUUGUGUAUAUUCGCCUCAGGCUUGUUGAUUAUGGGGGAAUAUUCACCUUGACUUCGGACAUAGACACUCAAAUUAUAUAUAUAUGGCAGAAAGUGGCCAUGAGUUUUAGGCCUGUGUUAUGCCUGGUCACACUACACAAUGAUAACGAUACGAUAACUUGUAUACACGCACUGAUUGGUCAAAAAUAUAUCAUCGGACUGAAAAAAAACCCCGCUUGGGUGAGCGAUUUUAAAAUUGUUGUUGUCAAACGAUAAUUUCGUUGUAUAGUGUGGACACUAACAUAUUUUUUUGCCAAUCAUCGCGUGUUUACAAGUUAUCGUAUCAUUAUUGUUGUGUAGUGUGACCUGGGCUUUAUAACCACCUGAUCAGACUGCCAAGAGGUUGUGUGGGGCCUGGGACAAACCUUUCCAAGGUGGCCCAGUAUGACAUCAUAAUUGUAAAAGAGGAGAAGCGAUCACCCUGAGGACGAUGCCAGGUGAAUUAUUUUGUAUUUACUCUAAAUAUUUGCUAGCUAGCUUCUUGUUCAAUUAAAAGCUGGUGGCUGGAAGGGGUUUUUGCAGUGGUUUGAACAUUCUUGACCAAUUGGUAGAUUUUAAUGUGCAGACUUGUAUUGGGGAGGUGUAUAGUCGUCAUGCUUACAAUGAUUUAAAAUAUAUUUUUCUCUAGACCAUUUAAAAUGGACCAAACUAAAAAUACCAACUAGGGAUGAUGAUGAUUAUGAAUUUGUACCAUACAUGAGAUAUGGACAUACGGCAUCCGCUAUUGGUGAUAAGAUUUACUUAUAUGGUGGUUGCAAUGAACUAUAUGGAGCUUGUGAUAGAUUAUAUUGCUUUGAUAUAAGUAAGUAAAAUUUACAGUAAGUGGCAGUCACAUAGAUUCAAGAAUUCCUGCAUAACUUAAAUUCUUCUACCACGACCUCUCUCAAAUAAUUGCCCUAACUGACUAAUUAACUCCCUUUCCCUUUUUAGGCAACCUCUCUAAUUAGCCACCGCUUAACUAGCUUCUCCUUAAUUAGGUCCCUCUUUAAUUAGGUCCCUCUUUAAUUAGGUCCCUCUUUAAUUAGGUCCCUCUAUUUAGUCCCUCUCUAAUUAGCCCUGCUUUUCAAUUAGCUACCUCUGUAAUUAAGCCCCCUCUGUGAUUAAGCCCCCUCUGUAAUUAAGCCCCCUCUGUAAUUAGACCCCCUCUCUAAUUAACCCCCUCUGUAAUUAAACCCCCUCUCUAAUUAAAACCCCUCUCUAAUUAAACCCCUUCUCUAACCAAACUCCCUCUCUAAUUAAACCCCCUCUCUAAUUAAACCUCCUGUCUAAUUACUCCUCUCCAACUAGUUUUGCCCUCUAAAUAGUCCCUUUUCUAAUUAUCCCUUCUCUCUAAUUAGCUCCCUCUCUAAUUAAGCUGCCUCUCUACUAACCCCCUCUCUAUUUAUGGUCUUCCCUCUAAUUAAGCCCUCUCUCUAAUCAGCCCCCUUCUCUAAUUAGUCUGACCCUCUCUAACUAGUUUUGCUCUCUAAAUAGUCGCUUUUCUAAUUAGCCCUUUUCUCUAAUUAGCUGCCUCCCUAAUUCUGCACUCUAAUUAGCCCCUUUCUCUUAUUAGCCUUUUCUCUAAUUAGCCCCAAGGUUCUCUAAUUAGCCCCACAAUAUAUCUUUCUUGCCAGAUACAUUCAAAUGGUCAAUGCCAGAAGUUAGUGGUAGCAUUCCACCAGCACGUGAUGGUCAUUCAGCGUGUGUCAUUGGUGAGAAGAUUUAUGUCUUUGGAGGAUUUGAAGAAAGGGUAAGAUGUUGAAGAUUGAAUUUAUUGAAUAGACAUAUAGCUACGCAGAAUUGAAACUCCAAUGUUAUAAUAACACAGACUAAUCCACAACACAAAUAUUUAAACGUUGAACCGUAUCUCCUGUAAAGUCCCGCUCAAACGAGGAUGAAAGUUGACGAGAGCGUGGCAAACGAAUUGUGAAUCAUAAACGCAGUUUCUCAUAAAUUUUGAUUGUGGAUCUCACGAGUGAGUGUGGUGUAUGAAAGAGGCCAGAAGUCAAAGUAACCUACAAGUUUAGCAACUGCAAAAUUUUGACGAUGCACAGUAAUGAUGAUAUUGAAACACAUUCAACCUUACAAAAUAGAUAAAUUUGCCACUUGUUACAUGUCAAUAUUCGUGGCCUCAGGUGGCCCAUCACAGAUGUUGUUCACUGUUCAGAAGUCAUACAUGGAAACACCCUUGAUCACCAAGGCAAAUAGUGGAAACGAAAUGGUCAACUGGUUAUUGUUAUAGAUAAUGUGGAUGAACAAAUCUAUAGUGAAAAUCAUUACUCAACGAGAAAAAUCAUGUACAUUCAAGAAAUAUAGCUGAGCCAAGAAUAUCCAGACUGAUGUGGAACAAUAGCAAAUCCAAUCAGGCAAGCAUCGUAGGAGAAGAUUGUCCUGGAUAAAUGCAAAUGCACUCUCAUUUUAAGAGGCCUUAUUUCAAAUGUGAAACUACAAACUUGUCUUGAGAAACUCAGUUUUGUUGACGAAGACUCAUUACCUUUUGUGCAUCUUUGCAGUGGUUUUGCAGCGUUGCAGCUAGAACUGUUCAUUGAACACAAUCUUCAAUAUGAAUUCUGGUUAUUCUUGUCAAUUUUCAUUGAUUCAAUACUCCGACGUUCCACAUGACCUUGGAGAACUUUUCACUUGAUGUUGUUAACUGAUUCAUUAAUGGACUACUGAUUAACUGACUAACAAGCAGUAAUUGAAUAAUUCACUAAUUACCUCUUAAUAAUUGAUCAUAUGGUUGACUCAUAAUUGGCCAGAUAACGUAAUAGUUCUGUAGUGGGUGGAUGAAUGAAAUUGCCUUCUUUACCGAUGAAGAAAUGCAGUGUCACUCUCUUUCCUGCAUUCCUGGAACGAAAAGUGAUAUUACUGCUGCUGCCUCUCCAAUCCUAAUUUCUCGUGGUUUUAUUUUUCACAGGGAGAACGUCAACGUCAGGUAGGGUGAUUUAUGCCUAUUUAUUCUGACCAGCUGCUCAAGAAGCUCGUUUUUCUACGAACAGUACCACAUUUCUUGGCUUACCAUCAUCUAAUAAAAAGUACGAAAUGACUAUCAUUGACAUGGCGGUGUAAACUGGCUGAUAAACGGAGAGAGGAAUAUAAAACCACUGCAAAAUAUCUGGAACCAAGAAUGUCGCAUACUUAAAAUCUUUUUCAUUUUGAAAUGAUUUAGUUUUAACACAAUGUUUUCUAUUUUAUAGUCUGAAUGUUUCUCCAAAGAUGUUUACAUUCUCGACACAAAAACUAUGAAGUGGACACAUCCUCACGUCUUUGUAAGUUAUGCUGGCUGAAGAAAUUUCAGAGUUAAUGUACAAUUAUUAUUUAAUAAGCUUUGAACACAGACACGGAGUCACAAUGAUUAAAACGAGAAAUUGGGACUUGUUUGGAGGAUGCAGGAGUACUGGAAUUUGAAUUAAAGUUGGGUUUUUUUCAGGGGCAGCCUGCAAGCUGGCGAGAUUUUCACACGGCAACAGCAAUUGGUAGAUACAUGUAUAUAUUUGGUGGACGAGGUAAGUUUUACUCUAACAAAUCUUCAGUAGAUAGGGAUACAACUACCUGAAAAAUACAAGGAGAACUUCGACGUUUCGAGCGACGGCCCUUCGUCUCAAACUUAGUAGCGAAGGGCCUUCGCUCGAAACGUCGAAGUUCUCCUUGUAUUUUUCAGGUAGUUGUAUCCCUAUCAAUCCGAAGUUUUGUUAUUGCCGCUACCUACACUGGCACAGACAGUUCAAGUCUUAUUCUACCAUGAUACGUGUUGGGCAAUUUUCUUAACUUCUGUGGAAGAGUCGUGUAAAUUAUAUUCGCAGUAAAAACUGAGAACUUGUCCAACAUUUUACUCCGCUGACAUGGAAGAAAGAAUUGAGAAUGAAAAUUACCAGAAAAGUGAGAUGCAUUCUAGCUCCCUGACAAGGCCUCAUUACUUUUCUGUUAAUACGUUCUAACAUACCAUCGCCCUAUGUCAACAAUUGCGUUGCAAAUUGAAGCAAAACUCCUGUAGUAUUUUAAGUUAUGCAUAAUUGCCAUGCGCGUUUGCUUUCAUGUGUUACGAUUUUCACCUUGCUUUUCGUCUUUCUUGAAUCUUUCUAUAUGUUUACUCAGGUGAUGUGCUUGGUGAGGAGCACUCGAGUGAAGAAAUCUACGAUAAUCAAGUGGUGGUUUUUGACACAGGUAUAUAGAGUAUAGGAAAUUAAUUUCACCCUUUACCUAUACCAUACACAGUGUAAAUAUUUUACUCACAGUAUACUGUAUGUAUCCUAGAAACGUAUAGUUGGCAUUGGCUUCUAACGAAAGGAAUAUCACCGAUUGGGCGACGUAGUCAUUCUGCAGGUAAAGUACGCCAGGUAUUAUACAGAGAGUACUUUAGGUAGAAUAGAAGUGCUCCAGGUCGACUUCUGCUAGACUGCUAAGUCUGCUGGUGUGACAAGCAUAUCCGUCCCUGUUGUAUCGGAUAUGUUAUGAAUGACAAUCUUUGUAUUUCAGUUGCGUAUGGUCGGUGUAUUUAUUUAUUUGGUGGAUAUAAUGCUCUUGAACAGCAACAUUACGGUGACAUACUUAAAUUCGAUACAGGUAAUGAAAAUCUCUGUUUGAUCCGUGCUCUCCCGAAAAGGUAGCGAAAUUUGCAUGGUGAUGCAUUAUGUGGCAAUGGUCUACAUAAUGAUGCAGCGCUAUACCAUUUCGGAAGACCUAUGGUUAUGAUCAACCGUCGUAUAUCAUGUUUUUUUUUCUUGUUGAUUUCUCGAAUAUUGAGAACACGGAAGAUGCUAUUGUUCAGAUUGUAUUUUCUAUUUCUAACAACGAUUGAACAGACAAAAGACAGUGGAGCACAAUUGUCGUCCCCGGUGGCCACCCGUGUCCAAGAAGAAGGCAUUGUUGUUGUUUGAUGGGUGAGAAAGCAGUUAUCUUCGGUGGAUCAAGGUAACGGUCCAUAUGAUGUAACAUUUCUCGCACGUCAUUUCGUACACUCGUAAAAAUCUCCGAUAACUUGUCAACACGAUGUGUUCGCAACAGGCUUGUAUACCAAGCUUGCCAACAAGUUGUAACAACGCUGUUAUUUUAUCAAGUCGUUACUUUGUUUUUACUUUCUAGUCCGAAUCAUGAUGUUGCGAGUGAAGUCGAAGAAGCCGACAAUAGUCUUCAAGACCACAAUGAUUUAUAUCUUUUAGAUCUGAGUAAGUAGACAAGUUCCUUGUUAUUACUGAUUUAUUGCCAGAUGCUGUUUCAAAAUUACAUCCUUCUGGAAAGUACUAAGCCUUGGCUUUACAGCAAUUUAUCCGGUUAUGUCGGUUGAGCGGGUUGACCUAUUAUAUACAGGUUUUAAUACAUUUUAAUAUCAUUCAGAUCCAUCACUAAAGACGUUGUGUAAACUUGCUGUUGUUAAAUAUAAACUAUAUGACGAACUACUCCCACAACAGCUCAAGUAAGUUAUUAUUUGUUAUUCAACUAUUGCAUGUGCAUUCCGUUUACAUAGCCUGUGUGGUAGCGCUAUAUAAUAGACCUUUCCCCUUAUGAGUGAAAUUUUGAUCUAGAUAUGCCUGGUCAAAAAUUUCAUCACAACUUGAAAGAGCAUCACAAAAUUAGUAAUAUUCCGAAGUUUCGUUGCGAAAUGUUGUAAAAUGCGGAUAAUAUAGCCUUGCGAAGUUUGCCGUUUUUCAGUCAUUUUGCAUUAGAAACGGGAAAUUGAUAAUCAGAUGGUCAAACUUUCACCUUAAAUACUAUAUUUUUACAGACGUGAAUUGGCGCACAUGUUACCCAAACCUUCGCCACGAAUACAAAAUUCAUCAUUAUCACAAGGUUAAAUGGUUUCAUGGAAAUUCACGUGGAAAUUCCAAGAAGUGCGACACUGCAUGAUUCAUGGACGCAUGCUUCACUCCCGUGGCGAAACGAGAGCUUUUAUUCUCAAAGCAGAGAUCAACAAUCUUUGCCAAGAAACUAAAUUUUAUAUUCGAAAGAACAUUGUUUUAUAAGAUUAAUUAAUAUUACACCAAAUUGAACAAUUUUACGUAAAAUGUUAUAUAAAUAAGUCGACAUGCACGCGGGCUCGUGUAUGAUAACGAUGUAUAAAAUGACCGAUUGAGACUUCAUUCGGUUUAAGCCAUUCUUAAAAUUCAUUAUUUAUCUUUUUUACUCAAAAACAUUUGUAAAUUAACUAAGAUUUCUAUGAUAAUAAACUUGAUAAAAGAAGUUAGCA